UUUCUGAUAACCCAAAAGCCACGGCUGGUGCAUUAACUGUGAGCGGCCUUGUUCUAGGUCCACUUGCGUUUGUUGGUUUGGUAAGUGCGGUUGGAUUCGGUUCAGGUGGUAUAGCAGCUGGAUCAAUUGCAGCAUGGAUGAUGUCAUUGCAAGGUGGUGCUACCGCUGCGG